AUGGUACAUCUUGUUGCUGUACCGGAUUCGAUCACAGCCCAGGGCUAUGCGCGCGUCUUCAUCGAUGCUAUCUUCCGACUUCACGGGCUACGCCGUGAACUCGUGUCCGAUAGGGACCCCCGCUUCACAGCGGAGUUCUGGCAAUUCGUGUUCCGUUCACUUGGAACACGUUUGAAGAUGUCGACUUCUGACCAUCCAGAAACAGAUGGUCAGACGGAACGCGUCAACCGCGUCCUCGAAGGGAUACUUUGA